AUGUCCUCCACGAGGGCCAUCAAGAAGAGCGCCUUUUCGUGCGAACCAUGUCGUCGUCGCAAGGUAAAAUGUGGCGGAGAGCAGCCGACGUGUAAUCGGUGUGCUGCCCGCGCGGAUGAGUGCGUCUAUAAACUUAACCCAACGUUGUCUUACACAUCACGGCUGGAGCAUCGCAUAAAGGAACUAGAAGCACAGCUUGCCGCCGCGAGAGCUCACGCACCAUCCGGAGCGGGAGCGGGAGCAGGACCCUCAGAACCCUCCCGGACAUCAUCGCCGAGCGUCGGGCCGUCAGCGGGCCAGUCGCCCAUGACGGAUCCUCACCACUUUGAGUCGCAGGAUGAAGAGUCUGUGAGCGAGAGCUUCAAGGGCCUCAAGGUCGACGACAAGGGCGCCAUCACGUAUCAUGGCUCCACGAGCUUCUUCCAGCUGCCGAGCGAUAGGCCGUCUGGCUCGAGGGACCAGCAGUCGACAUCUGACCAGGCCAUGCAAAGGCGUGAGAGGCUUGUAGCCAACGCCUGGCAGCAGAGGGCGCUCGAGAACAUGUCCGAUAUACCGGAACCGUUCCAAUAUCUGCUAAAUGUUCACUGGUGCUGGAUCCAACCUCUCUUCAACUUCAUCUACAGACCUGCCUUUACUCUUCUCUCCCACUCCAUCCGCUGGGGCCGAAGCGACCCGGCCACAAAAGACAGGCUCGAGGAGUUCUACGACGGCGGCGCCCUCUUCGGCAAGCACGCGCGCAGCAUGGUCUUCGAGGAGCUCAGCCAGGGCGUCUGCUCCAUCCCCACCGUCCAGACACUCCUGCUCCUCAGCGCGCAGGAGUGCAGCGUGGGCAACAGCGCCCAGGCCUGGACGUACAGCGGCCUCGCGUUCCGCAUCAUCGACCACCUCGGCAUCUGCGUCGACGGGCAGCGGUACCCCGGUUCCGUGCAGCUCGCGGACGAAGAUGUCGAGAUCCGCCACCGACUGUUUUGGAGUUGCUAUUUCUGGGACAAGAUGAUUAGUCUGUACCUCGGGCGCUCGCCUUCGUUGCAGCAGACGUCUGUGUCGCCGCCGCAGAUUAUGUUUGACGACUCGGCCGAGAACGAGUCGUGGACGCCCUUUGGCGUCGUACCGGAAGGCGGCUGGAAGUACCCCCCCGCGGCGGCGCACUCCACCUCGUGCUUCAUGCAAAUGUGCCGUCUCUCGAUAACCUUUAACGAGAUCCUCGUCCACAUGUACGACCCCGUGCGGCCCAACAGCCAGGCCGAGAUGCAGGACUGUCUCGCCAAGCAAGAAGUCGCCCUGCGUCAGUGGUGGGAUGAGCUACCUCCACACCUAAAGAUCGAACCCACGGCUCUCCCAGCCCUGGCGCCGCCGUCGCACAUCAUCACGUUGAACGUCCUCUACCGCACCUUCAAGAUCCUCCUCUACCGUCCCAUGCUGUCUCAGCGCGGAAGAGUAGGCGAUAACCUGCAGCCGGUGCAGCGGUACCUCGGCGAGUGCGUGACUUCGGCGACGGGAAUCAUCGCCAUCUUUGAUCUCUUCUGCCGCUCCUUCGGCAUCAGCCACUGCGUGCUCUCCCUUUCGUAUAGCGUGUACAUUGCCGCGUCCAUCUUCCUGCUCCAGGUGCAGUCCAGCGUCGAGGACGCACAAGCGCUGCGGAGACUGGAGUACUGCGUCCGUAUCCUGGCGUCCGUGAAGCGCAUCAACCCAGUCAUCAGCAGCGCCCUCAACCUCAUCACCCGCGAGCUCGUCGGCCUAGGCAUCGACAUCGGCGCCCUCGGCCUCCCCAAGACGGCCGCAACGCCGCCCAUGGCAACCUACGGCAUCCCGCAACAGAGCCGCCACGGCGCCGGCGCCGAGAACAACAUGCCCCCGACGUCCGUACCGCCCGGCCCGGAGGCCACCAGCUCCCCAGAGCAGAUAUACAACUUCCCUUUUGUCGACACCCUCGGCCCCGAGGCCUUUGCCAUUGACCCGCAGGUCUUCCAGACCAUGUCUUCUAUAGAACCGUUGAGCGUCAGAGUCGGCGCGAUAGAUGAAUAG